GGCUCCCAUACGCGUUUGCCUUUAUAGGUGAACAUUACCUGUACAUCAGCUGUACCAGUAGCGCACACACUCACAGCCAGACCCGCCGCCCGGCCCAACAUGGAGAUAAGCGAGAGCAGCAACAAGAAGGUGAAGCUGAGCGGAAAGCUACAGAACUGGGGGAUGCAGCGAGCGACCAAUGUUACAUACCAAGCACACCAUGUCAGCAGGAACAAGAGAGGGCAAGUGGUGGGAGCCAGGAGUGGCUUUCGUGGCUGCACAGUAUGGCUGACAGGUCUUUCUGGCGCUGGGAAGACUACAGUAAGCAUGGCUCUAGAGGAGUACCUAGUUUGCCAUGGCAUCCCCUGUUACACUCUAGAUGGUGAUAACAUCCGCCAUGGACUCAGUAAAAAUCUUGGUUUCUCCCAGGAGGACCGCGAGGAGAACAUCCGACGUAUUGCUGAAGUUGCCAAGCUGUUUGCAGAUGCUGGUCUUGUGUGCAUUACUAGUUUCAUAUCACCUUAUGCUAAAGAUCGUAACAACGCCAGGCAAAUUCAUGAGGCUGCAAGCCUUCCAUUUUACGAAGUGUUUGUGGAUGCACCGCUGUACAUUUGUGAGCAGCGAGAUGUGAAGGGCCUAUAUAAAAAGGCACGAGCCGGAGAAAUCAAAGGUUUCACUGGCAUUGAUGCUGAAUAUGAAAAACCUGAAGCACCAGAGUUGGUGCUAAAAACAGAUUCCUGUGAUGUAAAUGAUUGCAUCCAGCAAGUUGUUGAACUUUUGCAGGAAAUGGAUAUUGUGCCAGUGGAUGCAUCCUAUGAGGUCAAGGAGCUUUAUGUGCCAGAAAAUAAGCUCCAGCUGGCAAAGACUGAUGCAGAGACUUUGCCUACUCUGGAAAUCAAUAAGGUGGAUAUGCAGUGGGUGCAAGUGCUAGCAGAAGGAUGGGCAACACCAUUAAAUGGCUUUAUGAGAGAGAGGGAGUACCUGCAGUGCCUUCAUUUUGACUGCUUAUUGGAUGGAGGAGUCAUCAACCUGUCUGUGCCAAUAGUACUGACAGCUACAAGUGAUGAUAAACAGCGGCUUGAAGGAUGCACAGCAUUUGCUUUGGUGUAUGAAGGAAAUCGAGUUGCCAUCCUACGUCAUCCUGAGUUUUAUGAACACAGAAAAGAGGAGCGUUGUGCUAGGCAGUGGGGAACAACCUGCAAGGACCAUCCAUAUAUUAAGAUGGUGGUGGAAAGUGGGGAAUGGCUGGUAGGAGGAGACUUGCAAGUCCUCGAUCGGAUUUAUUGGAAUGAUGGUCUGGAUCAGUACAGGCUCACACCAGCUGAACUUAAGCAAAAGUUUAAAGAUAUGAAUGCUGAUGCAGUCUUUGCUUUCCAGUUGCGCAACCCAGUGCACAAUGGACAUGCCCUGUUAAUGCAGGAUACACACAAGCAGUUGUUGGAUAGGGGUUAUCGUCGUCCUGUCCUCCUCCUUCACCCGCUAGGAGGUUGGACUAAGGAUGAUGAUGUACCACUGAUGUGGCGUAUGAAGCAGCAUGCGGCUGUCCUUAAAGAAGGUGUACUUGAUCCAGAGACCACUGUUGUGGCCAUCUUCCCAUCACCAAUGAUGUAUGCAGGUCCUACAGAGGUUCAGUGGCACUGCAGAGCACGAAUGGUGGCAGGUGCUAAUUUUUACAUAGUGGGCCGAGAUCCAGCAGGAAUGCCCCAUCCUGCAACUGGAAAGGAUCUCUAUGAACCAACGCAUGGUGCCAAAGUGCUUACCAUGGCUCCUGGUCUCAUCUCUCUUGAGAUUGUUCCAUUUCGUGUAGCAGCUUAUAACAAGAAAAAGAAAUGCAUGGACUAUUUUGACUCUGCUCAUCCUGAAGACUUUGACUUCAUAUCUGGGACAAGAAUGCGCAGAUUGGCUCGCGAAGGGCAGAAUCCUCCAGAUGGCUUUAUGGCUCCAUCAGCCUGGACAGUGCUAAAGGAAUACUACCAGUCCUUAGAAAAGGCAUAGUACUUUUAUUUGGCAGCUUCAAAAUAGGUCAACAUUCUCUUUAUUCCUAGGACCAGCUUAAGGUCUUUAAUCUUUGCUUGCUUUUUAGAUGAAUUUUAACUAUGAUCGCUAUUUAAAUACUGUAGUUCUAAUCAUAUUUAUUGCUAACCCCACUUUCUUUAUGCUUUGUCCUUUGACAAAACUAUGGGUCGCUGGCGAUUCUUUAUGGUCACAUGUGGCAGUAUUGAUCAUUCCAUCAGUUAUUUGUUUUAAUAUCAGUGGCACCUUUUUACAUCAGCACAUACUGUUAAAAGUAUUCCAGUCUUUUUGGAUAUGAUGUCUACGCAUAUCUGAAAAUAACAUUACCAAUGUAUUUAUUCUGUUAAGGAUCUGGUCUCUCUGGGACCAAAUGUGGCCUAAAACUUUACAAAAGUUAAAAUUUUGGAUUUUUAAAGAGUCUCAUGGCAGCCUGACUUGAAUUCAAUUGUACCACUUAUAUUUCAUUGGUAUUCAUUUACAUGAAUUCCAUUUUAUUGGUGUUUCUGUGCCUGUAAAGUUGGGUAGUUACUUUCUGAUGCCUCUUCUUUGUUUUUUUGGAGUACAGAACAUUAAUUAUGUCAAUAUGGUGAUUGGUUUCAUAUUCUGUAUGGUUACAAAAAUAAUUUCCACCCAUUUAUAAUUUUUUAUAUGUAUAGAAAUCAUUAAGUCUUUAGUAGAUCUAAUUGGCACAAUCAUUUUAAAAAUUUGAUUUAGCGGAAAUACAUUUUAUAUAAGUAGAAAGUACAAGUAUAAGAUACCUUUUUAUUAUAAAAUAUAAGGCUAUUAGGAGCCACAAAGGCUUUCUACAUCAUAUAAAAGUACAAGGCUUCAGAUUAAGAUUUUUACACAGUAUAUCAGAACGCACUUCAGCAUUAAAUGGCCUAAUAUUUUAAAGAAGGAUGUCCAUUAUAUUUUAUAAUACACAAGUUUCAGUGGGUCGUGAAAAGUAAGGUAAUGUUAAACAACUUUUAUAACCACUGACAUCACUAAUCAUUGUUAAGAUAUUUAUUACAGGAUCUUGAUGGCUCUUGUGUAUUAUAUAGAGAGAGAAAUAUAUAUUAUACAAAAAAAGUACUACUCACUGCAGGACUCAUCCACAAAACACCACAUAUUGAUACAAAUCAAUUGAAUAUAGUCCUUAUUUCUUUUAAUAAAUUGAUCCCUUUGAGUCCCUUAAUUGAGUUCUCCUCCUUGGCCUAUAAGUAUAUAUAUUACAAUGGACACAACCAUGCAAGCAAAAGUUGGACCCUAAAAGUAACCCUAUAGUUACUCUUUCUCUCCUUUUUUUUUUUUCUUACAUUUUAAAAUACCUCUCUCUUGUCGUUUUAUCUUAAUAUUACUUUUAUGCUUUGUUAGACCUGUGGCCUUGUCCCUUUGCUAUGUAAUAAAAUGUCUCUGCUUCUUCUGUUUCCACAAUAAAUGUUUAUAUGAUGUCUUUUA